AAUGCGCUACUCUCCCUCGACCAAUUGUCCUGACUCCGUAAUACGGGAACAACUGAUGCCUCUAUCUUCUGCAUAGUCGUACGGUCUUUCAUUCCUUCCAUACCCACAAACUUUCAAUCUGCUGCGAGUCGCAUCGAAAACAUGCGCUUUGCGCAUCACGACGGGUUCGCCGAGAUUCACGAUGGGGUCGCCGUUUCGAAGCACCCGUCAUGACGCCUAUAAGCUCUCCUCUUCGCCGAGCUUGCCAUCCCUAGACCAGAUCAAGUCUCUAUUCCCCAAGCAACCACCCAUCCGAAGCCCCAUGGUUGCCACGUCCACCCCAACACAUGCGAGCCACCUCUUCGCCAAUCCUUCGAGCUUUCUUCGUCAGGAACAACCUCCGAUCGACUUGACAACACCAUGCAGAGAUGAGCCCAUGCCACCUCGACCACAAGAAGAGGAAGAGGUUACAGUGAUAUCCAUUGCGAACAUACCGAGACCGAAACGCAAGAGGGGUGUCAAAGUUCUCGAGAAGAAGGCGUCCCAACCGCCUUCACCGUCCAAACCGAUUAAAGAUGCCUCUGCUAGUCCACCGUGGAAGAAAUAUGCGAACCCCAAGAAAUCGGCUGCAAAGUCUGAGAAGAAACCCAAGGCUGCGAAGCCAAAGGUAGCAGCCAAGAAGAGUGGUGCCCAGAGUUGUCACUUUGCGAAGCCCAAGGUUGAAGGCGGGGAGGACUCACCUCCACUCCCACAAUCACCAAAGAGGGAUGCAAACGAGCCAUUGGAGCUCGAGGCGGCUUUGAGACGCCGUGUAGACUGGACCCCGCCGCCAGCGGACAAUGGCAUGGCUUCGGCGUCAAAAUUUUCUCAGGCCAUCGACCUCCUUUCCUCGACUGUGGAGAGCCCGGGCCGUGCCGCGUCCAAGCAAACAUUCGAGAACCUUUUCGAAAAGUUUGGUCGGCCGGACGAGGAACUGAAGAGGCCUUCAGCAGAGCCAUCCGAUGGCGACAGACCGGUACUGAAGAAGAGGAAGUUAAUCGAGACAAUGCCCGUAAGCGAAUCGUCAAAAAUGGGACCACCGCAGAAGGGGCCUUUGAAAGUAAAAGCACCGAGGAAAAAACCACGCACGAUCACCGAGCUGGCCACGGCAGCCUACGUGGUUCCAGAUGCUACCGAACAGGAGCAACCGUCUGCGCCUCCAGUCGAGAGUAUUGAGGACGGAGGAGAGACUGCCAAAUCAAAGGGAAAGAAGAGGGCAUCGAAAGCAAAGAAACCGAAAAAGGCUCCUCCACCGGAACCAAUCUUGUUGUCACCAACCGCGGCUCUCCGGCAAGCUGCGAAUCAAGAUUAUGUUUUCGGGACCUCGAGCCAGCUGGCACGUGAACACUCGCCUACUUUCCUCAGGGAUCUUCAGUCUGCGCUGCAGGCAUCAAAUUCAAUGAGGGAAGAUCCGUUCGUGACCCCGAUCAACAGUGACGCGAUUGAGCCAGAACCCAAGCAAAAGCUCUGGGAUGUUGGCGCGAGAGACGAGGACGGCAGGCUGCUGGAUUUGGAAGUCAUCAAUCUGGCCGACACUCCACAGGCUGCCCCAGACGCUGCGGAUGGUCUCAAUCCUUUUGGCUAUGCUGGAAUCGAUCAGAGAGUGGCUCCGCCAGCUCAUAUGCCAUCAGAUGUCUCGUUUCCGGAUAUUGAAGAUCUCCUGAACAAGGAUAUGGCAAUCGAGUUGCCGCCACAUCCUGUCGUUUCUACACAAGAGAAAGUAAAUGCGCCGUUACCGGCUCAGAUGUUGUCGGACAUGUCCUUUCCAGACAUCGACGACCUUUUGGGAAAAGAGGCGGAUCACGAUGGCAGGUCUCGGACACAAAACGAAGCAUUGCCGUCCUCGCCACCCCCUGGAGCAGCUAAAAUCACAGCUCAGUCAGUCGAAGUGGUGUUGGUAUCUUCUGGCCCUGGAGCACAUACCGAGGAAGAAGCUAGCAAUCUACCACCAUUCGAGUCACCAUCAGCACAAGCGUCGGAAGCGUCAAAGUCUGUGGUGGUGGAGGACGCGGCCCUAGAGAUUGCGAAACCAGACUUUGGCCUUUACACCGACAACCAACUUGCGCGAGAGAUAUCGUCUUACGGAUUCAAACCAGUCAAGCGAAGGCAAGCCAUGCUUGCUCUUCUAGACCAGUGCUGGGUGGGCAAGCAGAGGACCGCCCUUUCAUUGCUUCCCACGAACCGCCCUAUCUCGACGACAUCCCAGGCGCAAGCUGCUGCUAAGGCACAGAAACCAGCUGCCACCGUGUCUCCGAAGCGGCCGCGGGGUCGUCCGCGAAAGACUAGUGUAAUUGAAGUCGAAGCUGAAGUUGAAAUGCCGUCCAGUGAACCGCCGCCGUCUGCUCAGCCACCACCCCCGUCUCCCAAGCGAGGCCGUGGUCGACCGAGGAAGAACUCCGAGGCGACGACAGCCACCGCCUCGACGGCUAGUAAGAAGGGCAAAUCGAAAGCAGUAUCUGGCGUACCAAAAGAACCCAAAGCACCUAGGAAGGCGGCUUCGCGAGUGGCAUCACCGCCCAAGAAGAAAGCCAAAGUGAAAAAGGUCAUUGAGAUCCCGGAUUCGGAAUCUGAAGGGGCGCUUUCCUUGUCACCGUCACCAUGCUCUUCGCCUGAGCCGACAUUCUCGCCAGCUCCUGAAGAAGCCUCAGUGUCAAUUGGCGACGAGACAGAAAUGUCACUCGCAGCAUCCCAAAGCCAGCGAUCGGAACUUCUGUUUGCGCGCAUCACUGAGGCUGUUACCUCGGCGCCUCCCACGACGGACCCCAAACAGCCGUCAUUUCACGAGAUGAUGCUCAUGUACGAUCCAGUCGUGCUUGAAGAUCUUGCAGGUUGGCUCAAUACCGGACAGCUGUCUAGGGUUGGAUACGACGGUGAAGUCUCACCGAUUGAAGUAAAGCAAUGGUGCGAGUCAAAGAGCGUCUGCUGCCUGUGGCGCGAGAGCUUGAGAGGAAAGGAGCGGAAGCGGUAUUGAUACGGAGUCUACAUUAUGCAUUUACGAUACCCCUUGAAUAGCCUUUGCGUGAGAUGGCCGGCGUUCAUUGAGAUGAGCUCCUGAUGCUGUUUAGUCGAACACCUCAAAUAAAACAACAUUGUUCUUCACUCAAGAUGAGCC